ACCAAGAUGAGUUACGGGUCAGAUCUGUACAUGUCCUCAUCCUAUAGACGGAUUUUUGGGGAAACCCCUCGUUUUACGGCUUCCCCAUCUAGACUGAGCAAUGCCUCUCCACGGGGUUCUGCGUCUUCCAGUGGUUUUAGAUCUCACUCUGUUUCCCGCAGCAGCACAACUCCCGCCGCGUAUUACAAGAGAUCGGGCCGGUCAUCUUCCUUUUCCCCGAUCCCUUUCGACAACGUGGAUUUCUCGCAAGCGUCUGUCAUAAACAACGAGUUUAAAAUCAUUCGAACUAAUGAAAAGGAACAACUGCAGGGUCUCAAUGACCGUUUUGCUAUGUUUAUUGAGAAAGUGCGCAAUCUGGAGCAGCACAAUAAAGUCCUGGAGACAGAACUUAUCACCCUCCGCCAAAAGCAGACCGAGCCGUCUAGACUGUCUGAACUCUAUCAACAAGAGAUCCGAGAUCUUCGCGCCCAGCUCGAUGAAAUGAACAAUGAGAAGUCUCAUAUACUCAUUGAACGAGACAACAUAGAGGAAGACAUGCAAAAACUCCGAGGCAAGUUGGAGGACGAGAUUCGAGCACGAGAAGAAGCUGAACAGGCUCUCAGAGCAUACAAAAAGGAUGUAGAUGAUGCCACCAUGGUACGAGUGGAUCUGGAAAGAAAACUCGAGUCCCUUCUGGACGAGAUCAAUUUUUUGAGGAAAGUGCAUGAUGAAGAGGUGACAGAGUUAACGAGCAUGAUCCAAGCAGCCCAGAUAUCUGUGGAAGUGGAGUUAUCCAAGCCCGAUCUCACCUCGGCACUGAAAGAGAUCCGAGGCCAGUACGAAACCAUCGCAUAUAAGAACCAGCAGUCUGCCGAGGAAUGGUACAAAUCAAAGUUUGCCAGUCUAAACGAGCAAGCCAGUAAAACCAACGAGACAAUGAGAGCCGCGAGGGAGGAGAUCAAUGAUUACAGAAGACAACUGCAAUCCAAAACCAUCGAGGUUGAAACCUUACGAGGCACAAACGAAUCGCUUGAACGACAGAUCCGUGAGAUGGAGGAUGCGCACAAUGCCGAGGUCGCAGGAUAUCAGGAAACAGUUGGACAGCUGGACCUCGAGCUUAGAAAUACUAAAAGUGAAAUGGCACAUCACCUCAGAGAGUAUCAGGAUCUUCUGAAUGUCAAGAUGGCGUUAGACAUUGAAAUUGCAGCAUACAGGAAACUACUAGAGGGUGAAGAAACACACUUCAGUUCUGGGGUCACUUUCCCCAGCACACCCAGCAUUAGUUAUGGGUAUCAGAGUCAUUCCACUUUUACAUCAACUCGCAAUCCCAAAAAAGAGAAAGAGGAAGAGGCACAACCCAAAUCUAAGGCAGCCAUCAAGCGGGAUGAAAACAUUGAGGAAACUGCUGUUAUUAAGAAGGUAGAAAAGAGUGAUAAUGUUGAUGCCAAAUCUAAGUAAAGUUAAAAUCUGACAAAAUGUUGUGUUUAAUAUGUUUUUCUCUAGUGAGAAACCGAUUUUAAUCAUUGUGUGAUGUCUGUCUUAAUGUUUGACAUAGUAAACACUGUCAUUAGUAGUUUAUGCUAAAAGCACUUUUAAGAUAUUCUUACUGUGAGAUGGUUGUAAACAUCAUAUCUACAGAAUGUUGGUAUCACACUCCAGAAUUACUGCCUCAAAUAUCUCCUAAUUAAUGUAGCAUUAUGGAUUUUAGCACUGUAAAUUAUGUUAUAAGACUAUUAACCUUAAUAAUAUGGAGAGAUGAGUUAGAGUUUUUGUAGAAACAAUUUAAUAAAUUUAGAUAAAUUCACAUGUACUGUAUUAUCAUGUAUUGUUGGGUAGCACUAUUGCAUAUUUCAAAUAGAGGACCAAACAACUAAAUUAUGAUUAACUUGUACCACAUGUAUGCCUUAAACACAUCAACAGCAGCAAUUUAAGUAUCAUGUUUCUUCGUAUUUGUCCAUAUUUGGCUCUCUUUAACAUUAAUAAAAAUUUAUCACAAA